AUUAGGGUAUAUUAAUGACAAAACAAGAUAGAUUUGUUUGCAUACCCUCACAUCACAUUAAUAUUGCCAUAAGGUUAUAGCAACCUUAAAUUAUAAGAUGGUAACAUUACACAAAGGUUAAUAAACUUGUGUUACGUCCGACAAUACCGGUGCACAUUUCUUUUUUCCUACCGAGUACGCCCUAGGCAGAAGAGCCAUCAGGUAGAACCUAAACCGUCUCUCCUUUCGAGGGGUGUAAAUAGAUGGCGCUUUUGCCAAGUUAGAAUCCCCACCCCACUAGAGGAAAUCCGGUGGGAAAGAUAGGAGAGUACACAGUCGUGAGGCAGUCAGUAGCAGUAGCGAGUCGCGGAGGCGUCGGAACAUCUUUCUAUCCCUCAAGUCUCCAGCAUUGGCUGAACUCCCAAUCGUAAUCCUAAAUCUAAUUCUAAUUCAAUUCUUAAGAACUUCGUAAGAUCUAUUAACUAGACUGCUUAAUCUUACUCUAAUCAUUAUAAACUCUUAUCCUAGAUUAUUAUAGAAUAUUUCUCCUAGAAUUAGGACUUUGUAUGUCCCUACUACUAAAAUAUAUAGUUAUUAUACAAAUCAAUUCUUGAUUUCAUAACCUCCGAGCAAGGUCCCUCCUUUCCUAAUUGCGUCAGAACCACCACCUCGAGAACCCGAGUGAAACUCUAUGUUCCUAACUCCGGGCCGUAACUCAACAUCCUAAUCUUAAACGCACGGUUUAUGCCGGGAGUGUGGUAAGUGACCCUCAAGUAAAAAUCAUCAUCGGGAAUUGCCGCCCUCGACAUUGUGCCGGAGAAGUUCCUCACCACACCACUACGGGAGCUGCAGUAUAGGAGCGCAUGCAGACCAUAAGAGCGACACCUUCGAGACGUAGGCGCGGAAGCCGUGAGGACUCGAAGUCAGGCAGCAUCUUUAGUGUCGGCUUCCGCGGAAAGAGAGUCGCAUUUUCCGGAACCGGAAGGGAUACAAGAAUUAGGGCUUCUUCGAGGGAAGCUGAACAGGAUCUCCGAGCGUUGUUGCGUGAGUUCGAGGAAAUGCGACAGGAACGGACACGGAUGCGAGAAGAAUUUGCAGAAGUACAUCGUCGGUGUGAUGAGGAGUCGCAGCGUCGUCACUGUUCUCAGCUAAGUCCCCCCAAUAAUAUUUCGAAUCGGGAUGAAAGGGCGAAUAUGGUAUUCACGAGAGAAAACGUUUCGAGGGAGGCUGGGACGCAUAUAGGAUUGGGAUCGGUGGAUUUCAAUCUUUUUACUCGCGUAUAGAACUUCAAAACAUGAAGCAACGGGUUUUUUUUCCCCAGCGGAGUUAUGUUUAGGAUAGUAUUUAAAAUUACCUAUCGAUUUAUUACGUGGUUCUCCUCCUGUGACUAAUUGUGUUGAGUUAGAUGGAGAUUAUGUAUUUAAUUUGCGGAAUAAGUUAGAUCAAAUUCAUCAAUAUGUUAGGCAAUUUAUGACAAUAAGAAGCAAUAGGGUAAAAGCUUUUUAUGAUCAAAAGGCAAGAAAUUUAUCUUUUGUUGAGGGCCAAAAAGUUUAGUUGUAUAAUCCCCGUCGUUGUAAAGGAAGAGCUCCUAAAUUGCAGAGUUUUCGGGAAGGUCCGUACGAAGUUAUAAAAAAGAUUAAUAAUGUUGUUUAUUGUAUUCGAAGAACACAAUAAACCUUUAGACGCCUUUAGACACAGAAAUAAAAUAGUUUAUUUAGGAUAGAUUAGCUUCUUAUCAUGAAAGGGAUUAAUUCUUUGAUCUUUAUUUGGAAUUACAUCUGAGCCUAGUCUUAAGAAAGUUAUAGUGAGAAAGAAUUAAUUUUUUUUUUUCUAUUUGCGUUAAUUUUGUUGCAGUUGGUUAUGUGAAAACAAGUUUUGGCCAAGAAUCUUCAGUUUCAACAUAGAAGUCCACCUUGCCUGCGGGCUUUUGGUUGCGGUUUUUCCCGCAGGUCUUUGCUUUAAGCGAAGGGUAAAUACCAAGGCGGGGACUUGGAGUGAUUUCCUUUAGGAAAUCUUUAGGUCCGAAAUAGUUAUUCCCCUCCCCCCCCCUCUUGUCUGAAGAUCCAAAGCGAAGAGGAAAGUAGCUGGGAAAUUGGAAGACGACUCGAUGGAUUUUCUGCAAGGCUCUCACUGUUUCUUUAAAUGGGAAAUAAAAGUUCCAGAGGAUCUGCAGCAACAGCUGAGAUCAGGACAAGAAAAGACUUCCCGGAAGACAGAGGAGGAGAAGAGCAGGAAACAGAAAGUAGCUGGGAAAUUGGAAGACGACUCGAUGGAUCUUCUGCAAGGCUCUCACUGUUUCUUCAAAUGGGAAGUAAAAGUUUCAGAAGAUAUGCAACAACAGCUGAGAUCAGGACGAAAGAAGACUUCCCGGAAGACAAAGGAGGAGGAGAGCAGAAAACAGAAAGCGACUUGCAGCAACUGAGGUCAGGACAAGGAAAAAUUUCCCGAAAAAUAGAGAAAAAGGGGCAUGUUCGCCUAAUUGUCGGGACGACAAUUAAAAGAAGAAGGGGGGCAGUGUUGCUUGCGCAUCGAGACGCCGUAUUCAUGUCGCUCCUGAAAUCCGCGGCUUACAAGUGAUCCUUAGCAACGAUCGGUGUGCUGUUUGUUUUGAGAGCUAAAGGAAGUCUCUUGACAGCUUCAGCAACGUGCGGACGUUUUGGCUAAGAGAGAACGGUUUUCCCGGCGUAUUCUUUUCUGCUCAAAGA